AUGGGCAAGAGGAUAGCCACGGCCCAGACACUGUUAAGGAUUCUUCUUAUCUUAGGAUGUACAGGGACACAAGUAAGUGGGAAUGAACACGCUAAAAAUCUCACAAGGGAUCUACUGAGCAAGUAUGGAUCGAAGGAUGUCAUACCAGUGUUGAACUCGUCGCAACCGCUUCACGUCACAUUGCGUUUACUUAUCGGGCAAAUUGUAGAAUUUGAUGAAACGCGGCAGCAGUUGACAUUGGACAUCUGGCGAAGGUUGGCAUGGAAAGACGAGUAUCUGGUCUGGAAUCCUGACGACUACAAUGGACUGCAGGAGAUGUUUAUAAUGCCUUCAGAUAUAUGGAAACCACGUCUCGUUCUAACUGAAAAUGUAAGGUUUGACUUUUCCAGCGUGCUUACCAUUGAGGCAAAUGUCCAACCCAGUGGUCAUGUCAACUGGUAUACACCCUCGAUGCUCAAAGUGACGUGUAAAGUCAACGUUUUAAAGUUCCCCUUCGACACUCAACAGUGCAACUUGACAUUUCUCUCCUGGAUCUACGACGUCUCCCGCCUCGAUCUGUUUUAUUUUGACGAUUUCGACUCCAAACAAAAUGUCUUCAGCAGCAAUGGAGUGUGGCAGCUCCUUCGAGUCGACGCCCAUCGUUAUGAGAAGAAAUACAACUGCUGCACGUACCCCUUCGCGAAGGUUGUUUAUACGCUGACAUUAGAACGGGCUUCUAACUUCUACAUCUUGAGUAUUCUGGUACCUUCUGUUUUACUCACGAUGAUCACUGUCAUGGUCUUCUGUAUGCCACCCGAGUCUGGAGAGAAGAUCUCACUGGGAAUGUCCAACCUACUGGCUUUCAUCCUCUUUCAACAACUCAUCUCGGGCAACAUGGCACCACAGGGAGAUGAAACACCCAUACUCAAUGUCUAUAUUUUCUGCAUGGUGGUGUUGGGUUGCGUUUCUAUCUUUGCCUCGGUUUACGUGCUCAGAUUGUUUCACAGAUCAACCGACAAACCCGUGCCGCCAUUGGUCAUCAAGGUCAUGACGUACAUCAGUCGUCAGAAAAGUGACGUCACAUGGAAGUCAAUCGCAAGGACGACUGACAGCGCCUUGUUUCAUUUGUUCCUGGUGGCAUCUGUUAUUUUUAUUUUGGUUACCUUCGCCAUGCUUCGGGCAUGAUGUUAAUGUAAGAUCAUGUGCACGUUUUAAGGGUCUAAUCAUCGUGAUCAAAGCAGCCCUCCACGCGGGCGCCC